GGAACAUCCCGCAACGCGCGAGGCACACGGGUAUUAAGGUACGGGUACUAAGGUAGCAAGGUAUAGCAAGUAAGUAAUACAAGCACAUACAUACGUACCACAUAUAAGUAUGCUUCUGACACCGACCAUUCAGUCUUCUUUGCCUCUUGUUCUUCACUUAUAUUCAUCAUCCUUGCUUUGAGUUUGAGUAACUGUUCACAUAAACAACAACUUAUAAGAGAGGCUAAUCUAAGCUCAGCUCAAUGUUGAAGGUGAAGGGAGGAACAAGACCACCAUGGGUAGGACUUGGAGCUGCAGUAUGGGUUCAAAUAGCAGUUGGAAAUGCUUACACAUUCCCACUUUACUCACCUUCCUUCAAAUCAGUUCUUGGUUUCAAUCAAAGUCAAGUUACUCUUCUUGGUGUUGCCAAUGAUAUUGGUGAAAAUGUUGGACUUCUUCCUGGUAUUGUUUGCAACAAGUUCCCUCCUUGGCUUAUGCUUUUCAUUGGUGCUGUCUUAUCUUUCCUUGGUUUUGGUCUUCUCUGGCUCUCUGUCUCAAACACACUUCUAGUUCCCUCCCUUCCCUAUCCUUUGCUAUGGUUUGCACUUGCUAUUGCUACCAACAGUUGUGCAUGGUUAACAACUGCUAUUCUUGUGACCAACAUGAGAAAUUUCCCUAUCAGUAGAGGAACAGUUGCAGGAAUAUUGAAAGGUUAUGGAGGAAUCAGUGCCGCAGUUUUCACCGAAAUAUUUAGAGCAAUUCUUCAUAAUUCAUCUUCUAAUUUCCUGUUAUUCCUUGCCAUCGGGAUUCCUGUUUUGUGCUUCACUGUCAUGUUUCUUGUUCGUCCUUGUACUCCGGUUACUGGAGAUAGUUCUUCAGAAAAAUGCCAUUUUCUUUUCAUCCAAGUUUCAAGUGUGGCCUUGGGUGUAUAUUUACUUGUAACAACCACACUUGAUUACAUUCUACAUAUAAAUUCUACCGUGUCUUAUGUUUUGGUGGCUGUGAUGAUUCUUCUUCUCAUGGCUCCACUUGCUAUCCCUAUAAAGAUGACAUUUUUUCCCCAAAAGAUCACUGAAUCAGAAGAAAAUGAGCAAAGUGUUGGAUCUUCUGAUUGUUUGUUUCAAGAAGGCAAAGAAGAAAACACAAAAUCCCUUUUACAAUCUUCUUCGGCUACCAUACUUGGUAGUUUAUGCGAUGCUGAUGGUUCAUCUGAUGUUGAUAUGCUUCUUGCUGAGGGUGAAGGAGCAGUAGUACCUUCAAAGAAGAGAAGGCCUAGAAGAGGGGAAGAUUUUACAUUUUUUGAGGCAUUGGUUAAAGCUGAUUUCUGGCUGUUAUUUUUUGUAUACUUUGUUGGUGUUGGAACUGGUGUUACUGUUAUUAAUAAUCUGGCUCAAGUAGGUGCUGCUCAAGGUGUGGAAGAUAUCACUAUCUUACUCUCAGUUUUCAGUUUUUUCAAUUUUGUCGGACGGCUUGGUGGAGGAGUUGUUUCUGAACAUUUUGUUAGGAAGAAAACGAUCCCACGGACGGUAUGGAUGACAUGCACCCAGAUAGUUAUGAUAAUCUUGUACCUUCUAUUUGCAUUUGCCAUCAAAGGAACACUUUAUCCAGCAGUUGGAGUUCUUGGAAUCUGCUACGGAGUGCAAUUCUCAAUAUUGAUUCCAACCGUUUCAGAGCUUUUUGGUUUGGAGCACUUUGGCUUAUUUUUCAACUUCAUGUCAUUAGGUAAUCCACUUGGGGCAUUACUUUUCUCGGCUCUUCUAGCCGGGCGUAUAUACGACAGUGAGUUGGCAAAGCAACAAGGUUUUGGUCUCAUUGUUUCAAGUGUUUCAUGUGUUGGUCCAGAUUGUUUUAAGGUUACUUUUUUGGUUCUUGCUGCUGUUUGUGCUGCUGGCACCAUUUCCAGCAUUAUCUUGACUAUAAGAAUUAAGCCCGUUUACCAAAUGCUUUAUGCUGGCGGUUCUUUUAGGCUACCUCAAAUGUCAUGCAAUUAAGAAGUAGAGUGAAGUUUAAUAUAUAGCCAAUAAAGAAGACCGCUCCUUGAAGGGUUGUUGCAAAAUAUAUCCUCUGUAGCCGAUGUUUUAUGAUGCCACCGGCUGCAGACCAGCAGUUGAGGAUCUAUGUCCGGUUUAUUGAGGUCUAUUUCCUGGUCUGCUGCGUAUUAGAUAAUUAGUUUUGGCUUCAAUAGGUGUGGGACUACUGGUUUAGUGUAAUGAAGUUGAGAAUUAUUGUAUUUAACUAGAAAAUGUGUUUUUAAGCAUGUAUGUUAGGUAUGGUAAUGGUAUUGACUACUGAGAAAGGUAUUGAAUCUAUGAGAUAAUUGGAAUGAUAUGUAAUCUGUAUGGAGAAAUAUAUGAAUGGAAAGGAAUUGAAUGACCAGAUACUUGGAAUGAUCACAUUUUUUUUUAUUACAAUUAUCACAUAUUUCUUUAUGUGAUGAUAGUAGUUCUUU